CCAGCUUAAGUCACAACCAUAAAUUGGCAAACAACUGGUCAACCAGUGCUUCUAUUUGCAACUGGAUUGGAGUUGUUUGCGGAUCUAAACACCAUAGAGUGGUCGCAUUCAACAUAUCGAGUAUGGGUAUUGUGGGUACCCUUUCUCCACAAUUAGGCAACCUCUCAUUUCUUGUUUCUCUUAACAUAAGUCACAACAGUUUCUAUGGAAAUUUGCCUAGAGAGUUAGCCAGCCUACGCCGACUACAAUACAUAGAUUUCGGUUAUAAUAAUUUUAGUGGAAAAAUUCCAGAGGAGAUUGGCAAUCUUGAGAAUACAAAAUGGGUGAUAUUGGAAGUUAACCAACUCGAUGGUCCUAUUCCCUUCACCAUCUUCAACAUUUCCACAUUACAAAAUUUGGUCCUCAACAAUAAUAGCUUAUCUGACUCUCUUCCGAUGAAGCUCUGUCAGCAUGCUACAAGACUCAAAGCGCUUCUCCUGCAUUACAACAAGUUGAGUGGUUAUAUUCCAAAGAAUUUAUCAAGUUGCUCAGAACUUGAACAAUUGCGGUUGAGUUACAACAAUUUUGUUGGGACAAUUCCAAAAGAGAUUGGGAGCUUAAAUAUGCUUCAGAUUUUAAGACUCGGCGGUAACAAGUUGGAAGGAAUAAUACCUGAAACAAUAUUUAACAUGUCUACACUAACUUUUAUAAGCAUGGGAAACAACAAUUUGUCUGGUAUUCUCCCACCAAACAUGUGUUUACAUCUUCAAAAGCUUGAAAAACUUUACUUGUAUAAGAACAAGCUAUAUGGCAACAUUCCAAGAAGCAUAGGUGAAUGCUCUUCACUUAAAUACCUCAUAAUGUGGGAGAAUUCCUUGUCAGGUGAAAUAUCAAGAGAGUUGGGCAACCUUGAUAGACUAGAGAUCCUUGAGUUGCAAUAUAAUGGAUUAAGUGGUUUUAUUCCGUGGGGAAUCUUCAAUAUUUCAACUCUUGAAGUACUGGACCUGUCAUUUAAUGAGUUUUCAGGUUUAAUCUCUGAUUGUUUAGGGAACAUUUCUUCCCUGGAAAAGAUCUAUUUGUAUGAAAAUGAAUUCACAGUCUUCCCUCCUACCCUAUGGAGCAUUAAAAAUCUUUUGAUUCUCGACUUGAGUUCGAAUAACUUGAGCGGUUCUCUACCUCAAGAAAUUGGGAACGCAAAGACGGCAAUAGCAAUUGAUCUCUCAAAUAACAAACUAUCUGGAGAUAUUCCAAGUAGUAUUGGAGGCUUGACAAGGUUAAUCAAUUUUUCUGUGGCCAAUAACAAAAUCCAGGGUUCUAUUCCUGACAAUUUUGGCAAACUCCUGGAUCUACAUUCAUUAGAUCUUUCCGAUAAUAAAAUCUCCGGAAUGAUUCCCAAGUCAUUGGAGGGACUUAUAAGUAUGAACUAUUUCAAUGCUUCGUACAACAAAUUAACCGGAGAAAUCCCAAGUGGAGGCCCUUUUGUCAACUUCACUUAUGAAUCAUUCUUGGGGAAUGAUGGUCUAUGCGGUACUCCUAGGAUGCAUGUCCCACCUUGCCUAGCUCAUAAUCUGCAUCAAUCAAAGAAGGACAGAGUGAUUUUCAUUGUACUUGUCUCGUUGGCAGUUCUUAUAGUACUAAUUGCCUCUGUUUCUGUGCUAUACAUCUUCAAGAGGCACAACAUAGAGGAGGUUCCAGAUGAACCAAACUUUCUGUCAGCAACAACCCCAGCAAGAUAUUCGUACUAUGAACUCCAACGGGCAACAAAUGGGUUUGAUGAAAGCAACUCGCUAGGUAGUGGAAGCUUUGGAUCAGUUUAUAAAGGGAUUUUAACAAAUGGGAUGCAAGUAGCUGUCAAGGUUUUUCGUUUGGAACAUGAAGGUUCAAAUAGGAGUUUUGACAGUGAAUGUGAGGUUUUACACAGCAUUCGUCACAGAAAUCUCACAAAGGUCCUUGGUAGUUGCUCCAACUUGAAUUUUAAAGCAUUGCUGCUAGAGUACAUGCCCAAUGGGUGUUUACAUAAGUGGUUGCAUUCUCACAGUUAUUUCUUGGACAUGAUACAAAGAGUGAGUAUAAUGAUAGAUGUGGCAUCUGCUUUGGAAUAUCUCCACUAUGGUUACUCCAAUCCUAUCAUCCAUUGCGACUUGAAACCCAGUAAUGUCUUAAUAGAUACUGAUAUGGUGGGACAUUUGAGUGACUUCGGUGUUGCAAAGCUCUUAGAAGAUGGAAACUCCAUUGCCAUUACAAACACCUUAGCGACAAUUGGUUACAUUGCUCCAGAGUAUGGGCAAGAAGGUCUUAUAUCCACACGUAGCGAUAUGUACAGUUAUGGUAUUAUGUUGCUUGAAGUUUUCACGAAGACUCAGCCUGGAGAUGAAAUGUUCAGCGAAGAUUUAUGUCUGAGAAGUUGGGUGCACACUGCACUUCCUGUAAAUACAAGUCAGAUUAUAGAUCCAAAUUUACUUGAACCAAAUGAAGAAAAGUACGAUGAAAAGUUGCAGUGUGUGUCGGCUAUCUUUGACAUAGGCAUUAAAUGCUCAACAAAAUCCCCUCGAGAGAGGAUGAAUAUCAAAGAUGCCUUAUCAGCAUUGAUAAAGAUCAAAACCCAACUUCUUUCCCUGUAUGCAAGCAUUUAGAGUAGUAUGUAUUAGCAUCUCCUAUUGUAUCUUUCUUUAAAAUGGAAAUAAAAUGCAGCAGAUACAGUUUAUGUACACAAAUCCUAUUUAGUCAUUUACUAGGUCUUCUUCAGCUGCAUCUUCUUUCCAGAAUUCUGUUUUAAGUUUUCUCUUUAUCCAUGCCCCAGCUUCAUUAUAACCUCACUCGCCUUGCUCCAUGGAUUUAGAGAUCUUGGAGGAAGUAUUGGUCUAGAGUAUAGUAAGUAGUAACACAGUUGUUAUACACAAAUCCGGCCAGUAACAUUGUUUGCAAUUGUUUAGAAAUAUUUUAUUUUUAUUAAUUUAAAUAUGAUUGUUACAA